ACUUUAUUUUAUAAAAAAAAAAAUCCUUUCACUAGCUAAUGACGUGGCACACACCGUUUAGACUAUCAGUACAUUAUUAACAACUUGCCAAAAUCUUCUAGUUCUUUUUUUUUUUAUAUCUGAUGUGGAUCUUUGUGAACGAAGCGUGGCACUGUCAUCAAAGAUGGGAGAAGCCGGCGGUGACUCGACAGGGUGCGAGAGGCUCCAGAAGGCUCUAUGCGAGUGCCACCAACGUUUCGGACCAGGUGCGACGCGGGACGCAGCCUGCCGGCACUUGAACCGAGCCUUAGCGGAGUGCUUGGUCUCCGUGCUGUGCCCCGCAGAGUCGGAGGCGGUUAGGACAUUGUGCGCCAGCGGGGGGACCCGCCUGAAGAGGUCCCAGUGCCAAGAGGCUCAGCUUUCUCUCUCCGUCUGCAUCUCUUCUCAUCAACAAUAUUGAUUCUUUCUCGAUUCGGUCGUCUUCCUAUACGGAAUUUACCUUUGUGCCCUCUCUUGAAUUUUAUUCAAGUAAUUUCCUGUGUUGUAAUAGUACUUCGCAGGCAAAGGCCAAAUAUAAUGUACCAAGAGAAAGAAAUAAAUAGUACGUAUGCAGAAUUUAAUGUCAUCCAUAGAUAAUGUUAUGCAGAAUUUCUUGUGGA